ACCCCAUGUUGCGUUCGCGGAUGAUCAUGUACAUGUGGCGGAACAUCCUCGGGGGCCUCAUCACCCGCGGCUCGUUCGUGUUCAGGGGGAGGUCCGUGUUCCGCCUGAGGAAUCAGCUGGUCAGGCUGCUGCGCCCCAUGGUAGACUUGGACGACUCCGAGCUCGUCAUGGGCCUCCCCACACAUGAUGGCCGGAUGUUUCCACUCGUCGUCGACCUGCCCAGCAGCGGCCAUACCCUCCACAUCUUCGUCGUCAUCGUCGGGACGCCUGCCCACGCGGCGCUGCGGUACGCGGAUGUCAAUGCAGAGUAGAGAGAUGCCCCUAGAAGUCGCCUUCCUGUCUACCUCUUCAGAAGUGUCGCAGCCUCGGACACGACGACAUAAGAGCCCAGUUCCUUUCAUAGAGAUAUGGGUUCAGGAAAACCCAGCAGUUCAUGUGUUCCUGCUACUUAAACUUGGUUUGUUCUCCUGACAGUAGGAAACCUAUUUGCUUUGCCAUCACGGUUCUAAAAUUCUGAAACUGUUUGUACAAUGGUGCAGUGGCAUUGGUCUGUAUUGCGUUGACAAUGGCUACUACUUAAUUGUUGUUAGCCGCAUUUC